AUGGCUCCAAUGACAAGAACUCAACAGCGGAAAGGGGCCACACAGCUCCAUAGUGGGAAAGUGCAGCAAAGGGGUGGGUCAGGAGCUCGCUACAAAGGAGUUCCCAGCCAAGCGCCCCCCCAGAAACGAACAACAAUCAGGAAGAAGGCCCUGUUUAGAGCUCCAUCGUUAGACAGGGAAGAGAUAUCCGAUAGGGAGGGAGAUGAGGAUGGGCCCAAUGACGAGAUUGAGUACAGUGGUGAUGGCGAAGAUGAAGAUGGGGAGGAGGAUGGUGAUGGUGAUAAUCAUGACAAAACAAAUGGUGACGGCAGCAUUGGAUGCAGCAAAUCUGCUUGCAGUCUAGUGAGCGGUCGUGGUCGCCAUACCCGGUCACAUACCUUUGGGGUCCCAACAAUGGCCCGAUCACGUACACCUUCAACAUCAUGGCAGUCUUCGAACAUUUCAUCACAUGAAUUCCGCCCAAGUGCCAGACUAUUCAGACAGCCGGUCUCCACCUCACAGUGCACAUCAACAUCAACAUCAACUUCUGAUCCACCCUCAGUGUCCGCAAGUCUUGCCCUCAACAAGAACCUUACUGCCCCACAGCAGACGGACCUUGACACGAUACUUUCCUGUAUCAAGCAUCACUUCUGUUUCUUACUGGCAACCAACCAGCUGUUCCCCAACGAAACAGAAAGGAAUCGCCUCCUCAAUCUUGCAGCUAGACAUGCGGUGUUCAAUUUCCCUCGGAAUGACCAUAAGCUUGUACAAGGGACUCAUCUUCUCCAAAUCGGCAAGGACAAGCCAUCUGCUUUUCGUAACAUGAUCAAGACUUUUGCCAGGAAGUGCAUUGAUAAAGAGUAUGGGUUCCUCCCUGAUCCUUGUGAGGGCAAUGUGGACCUUGCAACCCGCCUCCUGGAUGUGACCAACUUCUACUUCCAGGAAUGGGAAGAUCCCGGUGCUGUGAUAGGGCACUUGUACAGGGAUGUUGAUUGGGAAUCAUCAUGGGAAGGGCUGACUGAAGACCAGCAUAAUCAGUUACUCCCUCAACUGAUUUGGUUUGCGGCAACGGUGAUUGAACAUAUACUCAACCUCCAUGCCAGGGGGCACCACAAUUUCAGUGUGACGAUUUACCGCGAAGUCUAUGACACCCACAUGAAUGAGUACUUUGAUUGGCUUAAUGAGCAACACAAUGCUGAGGCAUCGUGGAAAAACAUAUGUGCGGUAUAUCAACAUUUAUGA